CUGGAGCUCAGUCUGUGGGAGUCAGGAGGCGAGGAGCCCAGCCGCUGCAGGGGCCAUGGGUGCCCCAAGGCUGUUGCUGCUCUUGCUGCUCCUUUCUGGGGCCUGGGCCCAAGACGGAGUGCAGGGGAAAACCAGCCCGAGCUGUCCAAAAGACGCGACUCGAUUCAAGCACUUCAGGAAGUACGUGUACAGUUAUGAGGCUGAGGGUACCAGUGAGCUCCCGGGCACAGCUGACUCCAGAAGCUCUACCAAGAUCCACUGCAAGGUGGAGCUGGAAGUCCCGCAGCUCUGCAGCUUUAUCCUGAGGCUCAGCCAGUGCACACUGAAGGAGGUGUCUGGCUUCAGCGCCGAGGGCAGGGCCUUGCUGAAAAAGACCAAGAACUCGGAGGAGUUUGCUGCCGCCAUGUCCAGGCAUGAGCUCAGGCUGGCUUUUCCCGGAGGGAAGCAGGUUGUGCUUUACCCAGAGAAGGAUGAACCCAAGCAAAUUCUGAACAUCAAGAGGGGCAUCAUCUCUGCCCUGCUGGUGCCCCCAGAGACGGAGGAGGCCCGACAAGUGCUGUUUCUGGACACUGUGUACGGGAACUGCUCCAGUGAUGUGACAGUGAAAGCCAGGAAGGGCACCGUGGCGACUGAAAUGGCCAUCGAGAGAGACCUAGAGAGGUGCGAGGGCUUCAGGCCUCUCAGCACAGGUGUCAGCCCGCUUGCGUUCAUCCAAGGCCUGAGCCACCCCCUGUCAACUCUGACCGACAGCCACCAGGCCUGCCAGUACACGCUGGACCCCAAGAGGAAGCACGUGUCAGAAGCCAGAUGCCAAGAGCAACACCUGUUCCUGCCUUUCUCCUACAGAAAUAAAUAUGGUGUGAAGACACAGGUCACGCAGACUCUGACACUGGAAGACACACCCAAGCUCAACAGCAGAUUCUUUGAUGAAGGUGGUGAGGAGGCGAGUCUGGCCUUUGAAAGCACCAAGUCCACAUCCCCACCAAAGCAGGCCGAGGCUGCUCUGAGUACCCUCCAGGAGCUGCAGAAACUGAGCGAGGAGUCCAGGCGAGCCGGCCUCUUCAGCAGGCUGGUGACGGAGUUGCGAAGCCUGGACAGUGAAGCCAUCACCAGCCUUCUGCCCAGGCUGAUGGAGGAGUCCAGCCCUAUCACCCUACAAGCCUUAAUCCAGUGUGGGCAGCCCCACUGUUACACCUACAUCCUCCGGUGGCUGCAAAGGGAGAAAGCCAACCCACUUCUGAUUGAUAUUGUCACCUACCUGAUGGCCCUGAUCCCAGGAUCCUCCUCAGAGAGGCUGCAGGAGAUCUUCAACACUGCCAAGGAGCAGCGGAGCCGGGCCACCCUGUAUGCACUGAGUCACGCCGUCAACCAAUACCCCGGGACAAGCCUGCCCACGGCCAGCGUAGAGCUGCAAGACAUUGCCAACUUUCUGCUGGAACAGAUUCGCGAUGACUGCACGGGGCCUGAGGAUCACACCUACCUGAUCCUCAGGGUCAUUGGAAAUAUGGGCAGAACUCUAGGGCAGGUAUCGCCCAGACUCACGUCUUCAAUCCUGAAGUGCAUCAGGAGCACAGAACCCUCGCUGCUGGUCCAGAAGGCUGCUGUCCAGGCCCUGAGAAAGAUGGAGCUCACGGAUGAGAUCCGGAAGGUCCUUCUGCAGACUUUCCUCCACGAAGCUGCCCCAACAGAGAAGCGACUGGCAGCCUACCUCGUGCUCAUGAGCGGCCCUUCCCAGUCAGACAUCAGCACAGUCACCCAGCUCCUCCCAAGAGAGCAGAACCAGCAGGUGAAGAACUUCGUGGCUUCCCACAUGGCUAACAUCCUAAACUCAGAAGACUUGUAUGUGCAAGACUUGAAAACAGUAGUAGAAGGAGCUCUGAAAGAAUCACAGCUCCCAACACUCAUGGACUUCACCAAAUUUUCCCGCAAUUAUCAGCUCUCCAAAUCUGUGUCUCUUGCAUCCCUCGACCCAUUCUCGGGCAAAAUUGAAGGAAAUCUCAUAUUCGACCCAAACAGUUACCUCCCUAAGGAAAGCAUGUUGAAAACAACCCUCACAGUGCUUGGGUUGGCUCCGCUCGACCUCAUUGAGAUUGGUUUGGAGGGAAAGGGCUUUGAGCCAACGUUGGAAGCUCUUUUUGGGAAACAAGGAUUUUUCCCAAACAGUGUCAACAAAGCCUUGUACUGGGUUGAUGGUCAAGUACCUGAUGACAUCUCCAGUGUCUUGAUGGACCACUUUGGCUACACCAAAGAUGACAAACGUGAGCAGGACAUGGCCAAAGGCAUCAUGUUCAGUAUUCAGAAUCUGCUCAAAGACUUGAAAUCCAAGGAAUUCCCUGAAGCCAGGGCCUACCUUCAAGUCUUGGGAGAGGAACUUGGCUUUGUCCGGCUCCAGGACCUCAAGCUCUUAGGAAGACUACUGAUGAACGGGGUCCAGUCUCUGCGGGGGAUCCCCCAAAUGAUUGAAGAUGUACUCAAGAGAGGCUCAAAGAAUGGUUUGUUUCUCCACUACAUCUUCAUGGACAACGCCUUUCAACUCCCCACUGGGCUCGGGUUACCAGUGCACGUGUCCUCCUCGGGCAUCCUGACACCUGGACUCAAGGCGGGACUCAAGCUGGAACUAUUAAACAUGGACAUGGAGCUGGUGGCACAGCCCUCGGUGUCUGUGGAGUUUGUGACAACAAUGGGCCUCGUCAUUCCAGACUUUGCCAGAAGCGGGGUCCAGAUGAACACCAACUUCUUCCAUGAGACAGGCCUGGAAGCACGCAUGACUUUAAAAAACAGACAGCUGAAAUUCACCCUUCCUUUGCCAAAGAAGCCAAUCAAGCUAUUCAGUUUUAGCAACACCAUCCAUUUAGUCACAACGUCCAGAACGGAAGUGAUCCCCUCGCUGGUCUUUGACAGACAGUCCUGGUCAACCUGCAGGCCCUUCUUGCCUGGCCUGAACUACUGCAUCAUGAGUGACUACUCCAAUGCCACAUCCACAGACUCUGGCUUCUACUCUCCCCUGCUUGGGGAAACCAGAUUUGUCCUGGAACUGAGGCCCACGGGAGCCGUGAGGCAGUAUUCUGCCAGCGCAGCCUACGACAUCCUGCGAGAGGGAGAAGCCUUGGUGGACACGUUGAAGUUUGUAACUCAAGCCGAAGAUUUGCAGGGAACCACCAUGACCAUGGCAUUCAGGUACAACCGCCAGCGGAAGGUUUUCUCUACUGAACUUCAGGUCCCACCUCUGGAUGUCGACCUUAGCACAGUCCUCAGAGUCAGUGAUGAGUCUGCUGAGGGUAAGAAGUCUUACAAGCUCACCUUGGACAUUCAGAACAAGAAAAUCACAGAGGUCACUCUCACUGGUCACAUUAGCUGUGACGGAAAGAAAGGAGGCAAAAUCAGAGGAGUGAUUUCCAUACCACGGUUGCAGGCAGAGGCCAGAAGUGAGAUUCACACUGUGUGGUCUCCUACAAAACUGCUCCUCCACAUGGACUCAUCUGCCACAGCUUACGGCUCAACAAUUUCCAAGAAGGUGGCAUGGCACUAUGAUGAAGAGAAAAUGGAGUUUGAAUGGAACACAGGCACCAAUGUGAAUACCAAAAAAGUGGCUUCCAAUCUUCCCCUGGACCUUUCUAGUUACCCUAAAAGGCUGCAUGAAUACACCAGCAGCCUCUUGGACAACAGAAUUCCUCAGACUGACAUGACUUUCCGGCACAUGGGUUCCAAAUUAGUAGCUGCAACAAACACAUGGCUUCAACAUGUGUACAGGAAUUUCCCUUCCACUGAGAAAGUACAGGAUCAUCUCAGUGGCCUGAAAGAGUUAUACCUCCAAGAAAUGAGAAUUCCAGAAUUUCACAUGCCAGAAAACCUCUUCUUGAAAAGUGAUGGUCGGGUCAAAUACAUCUUGAACAAGAACAGCCUAAAAAUUGAGAUCCCUCUGCCUUUCGGUGGCAAAUCUUCUAAAGAUCUAAAGAUGUGGGAUACGGUUCGGACACCAGCCCUCAACUUCCGGUCCGUGGGCAUCUCCCUGCCAUCUCGAGAGUUCCAAAUGCCCACGUUCACCAUUCCCAAGUUGUAUGAACUGCAUGUGCCCUUGCUGGGGAUGCUAGAUGUCUCCACAAACGUCUACAGCAACUUGUACAAUUGGUCAGCCCUUUACACUGGUGGCAAUAGCAGCAAAGACCACCUGAGCCUUCAGGCUUUGUACCAAGUGAAGGCUGACUCUGUGGUUGACCUGCUGUCCUACCAUGUGCAAGGAUCUGGAGAAACAACAUACGACCACAGAAAUACAUUCACAGUAUCUUGUGAUGGGAUUCUACACCACAAAUUGUUGAAUUCAAAUCUCAAAUUCAGUCAUGUAGCCAAGACUGGAAACAACCCUGCUUCAAAAGGCCUGUUGACCUUCGACGCAUCUAGUCCCUGGGGACCACAGAUGUCUGCUUCAGUACAUCUGGACUCAAGGAAGAAGCAGCACUUGUAUGUCAAGGAAGUCAGGAUGGACGGGCAAUUCAAGGUCUCUUCAUUCUACAGCAAUGGUGUCUACAGCCUGUCUUACCAGAGGGAUCCAAUGAUUGGCCAGCUCCAUGGGGAGUCCAGCCUGAGGUUCAACUCCUCUUACAUUCAGGGAACCAACCAGGUAACAGGAAUGUAUGAAGAUGGAACCUUUUCCCUCAUUUCCGCCUCUGAUCUGCAAGAUGGCCUCCUGAAAAACACUGCCUCCUUGAAAUAUGAGAACGCUAAGCUUACUCUGAAUUCUGACACCAGUGGGCAGUAUGAGGACUUUGUCACUUCGAGCAAAGUGGACCUGAGCUUCUCCAAGCACAGUGCGUUGCUCCGUUCUGAAUACCAGGCUGACUACAGGUCUCUGAGACUCUUCUCUCUGAUGUCUGGAUCUCUGACUGCCCAAGGUCUUGAGUUAAAUGCAGACAUGCUAGGCACAGACAAAGUAAACAGUGGUGCUCACAAGGCAACGCUAAAAAUAGGCCGGGAUGGGAUAUCUACCAGUGCAACAAGCAACUUGAAGUUCAGCCCCCUGGUACUGGAAAAUGAGCUGAACGCAGCUCUUGACCUCUCGGGGUUAUUGAUGAGACUGACAUCAAAUGGACGCUAUCGGGAACACAAUGCAAAAUUCAGCCUGGAUGGAAAAGCUGCCCUCACAGAGUUAUCAGUGGGAAGUGCUUAUCAGGCAACCAUCCUGGGUGCCGAUAGCAAAAACGUGUUCAAUUUCAAGCUCAACCAAGACGGCCUUAAGCUUUCAAAUGACCUGCUGGGCUCUUAUGCUGAAAUGAAGUUCGACUAUACCAACAACCUGAACAUCGCAGGGCUGUCACUAGACUUCUCUUCAAAACUUGACAGUAUCUACAGCUCUGACAAGUUCUAUAAGCAGCUCUUGAGUUUACAGCUUCAGCCAUACUUCCUUGUCACCACGUUGAACAAUGACCUGAAGUUUAAUGCUCUGGGUCUGACCAAUCACGGGAAACUACGGCUGGAGCCUCUGAAGUUGAAUGUGGGCGGAAGUGUAAAGGGAGUCUACCAGGAUGAUGAAAUCAAACACGUCUACACCGUGUCUUACGCCGACAUAUCAGCAAGUUAUAAAGCAGACACUGUCGCCAGGGUGCAGGGGGCAGAGUUGAAUCAUCGGCUCAACACUGAAAUCGCUGGGCUUGCUACAGCCAUUGACAUGAGCACCAACUACAAUUCGGACUCUCUGCAUUUCGGCAAUGUUUUCCAUGCUGCAGUGGCCCCAUUCACAGUGACAGUGGAUGCCCACACAAAUGGCAAUGGGAAGCUGAUCCUCUGGGGUGAUCACACUGGGCAGUUGUACAACAAAUUCCUAUUGAAGGCAGAACCUCUGACCUUCACUCUGACUCAUGAUUACAGAGGCUCCACCAACCACCAUCUCAAGUCCAAGAGGAGUCUUAGUACUGCUCUGAAUCACAAAGCCAAUGUGCUUCUCACUCCAGCAGAGCAGACAGGCUCCUGGAAAAUCAAGACCCAGUGGAACAAAAAUGAAUACUACCAGGACUUUGAUGCCUACAACACAAAAGACAAAGUUGGUGUGGAAUUCAGUGGCCGGGCCCUGGCUGACCUCACCAUGCUGGAUGGCCCAAUCUCAUUGCCAUUUUUGUCCAGUAAGCCCAUCAAUGUAAUCGAUGCUUUUGAGAUGAGGGAGACGAUUGACCAGCCCCAAGAAUUUGCUGUGGCUGCUUCUGUGAAAUAUGAUAAGACUCAAGAUGUCCACACCAUCAACCUCCCAUUUCUAAAACUCCUGCCAGAGUACUUUGAGAAGAACCGAGCUUUGGUUAUAACUGCACUAGAAGCCAUACAGAAGGAAUUAAAACAUGUCAAUAUCGAUCAAUUCAUGAGGAAAUACAGAGCAGCCUUGGACGGAUUCCCACAGCAACUUAAUGAUUAUCUGGAUGCAUCCAAUUGGGAGAGACAAGUUGCAAGCGCCAAGGAGAAACUAAAAGCAUUCACAAAAAAUUACAAAAUUACAGAAAAUGAUCUCAAAAUGGCAUUGGACAAUGCCAAAAUCAACCUUAAUGAAAAAUUAUCUCAACUACAAACAUAUGUGAUACAAUUUGAUCAGUAUAUUAAAGAUAGUAAUGAUUUAAAUUAUGUUAAAAUAGUUAUUACCAAAAUUAUUGAACGAAUCAUUGAAAAAUUACAAAUCCUUGAUGAGCAUGCAAAUUUAGUAAAAGCCCUCCAAGAUCUAUCUUUACUUAUUGAAAAGAUUGAUUUUCACAGAAUCAAUAGUAGAAUUGCUUCCUGGGUAGAAAAUAUGGAUAAUAAUUAUCAAAUCAGAAUCCAGAUACAAGAAAAAUUACAGCAAAUCAAGACACAGAUUGAGAUUAUAGAUACCCAGCAUCUUGCUGGGAAGUUAAAACAGCAACUUGAGACUUUUGAUGUCAAAGUGCUUUGGGACCAGUUGAGAGCUACAAUUCCAUUUCAAAAAAUAAAAGAAAUUAUUGAGCAUGUCGAGUACCGUGUGAUAAGUCUUAUUGAAGGCUUAAAAGUAACUGAGAAAGUCAAUACUUUUAUAGUCAUAAUCCAUAAGUUAAUUGAGUUAUAUGAAAUCGACCAACACACUCAGGUUUUAGUAGAUAAAUUAGUACAGCUCGCCAAUCAAUACAAGUUGAAGGAGACAGUUGAAAAGAUAAGUAAUGCCUUACGACAUGUUGAGAUGAAAGUUCACUUUGAGAAAUUGCUUAGCUUGAUUGAUGAUGCUACCAAGAAGCUUAAAACAUUGUCUUUUGAAACUUUCAUUGAAGAAGUAAACAGAUUCCUUAACAUGUUGGUCAAGAAAUUACGGUCAUUUGACUAUCACCAGUUUGUAGACACGACCAAUAACAAAAUCCAUGAGGUCACUCGAAGAAUCAACAGUGAGAUCCAGGCUCUGGAACUUCCACAGAAAGCCAAAGCCCUCAAACUGUUUGUAGAUAGCAUUAAGGUCAUGGUUUCAGACAUUUGGGAAAAGGUAAAGAACAUCAAAAUAACCUUAUUCUUUGACUGGUUACAGGAUCCUUUAAGUUCAGCAUCUUUAACUUACAUGAGAGAAAAAUUCCUAGGAACCCUAGAAGACAUCCGAGACCGACUGUAUCAGAUGGACACUCAGCGGGAAAUUGAGCGGUACUUAUCCCUGCUAGGUCACAUAUACAGCACACUGGUCACUUAUGUUUCCGAUUGGUGGAUUCUUGCUGCAAAGAACCUUACUGACUUUGCAGACCAGUAUUCUAUCCAAGACUGGGCUAAAAAGAUGAAAGUUUUGGUAGAACAAGGGUUCACUGUUCCUGAAAUUCGAACCAGCUUUGGGACCAUACCUGCUUUCGAAGUCAGCCUCCAUGCUCUUCAAGCAGCUACCUAUCAGACUCCUGACUUCAUAGUCCCCCUUACAGACCUGAGGAUCCCAUCCAUUCAGAUAAACUUCAAGAAGCUGAGAGAUAUAAAAGUCCCUUCCAAGUUUUCCACCCCAGAAUUCACUGUCCUCAAUGUCUUCCACAUUCCUUCCUUUACAAUUGACCUGAUAGAAAUCAAAGCAAAAAUCAUCAGAACCAUUGACCAAAUGCUGAGCAGUGAGUUGCAAUGGCCAGUUCCAGAAAUAUACCUGAGAGAUAUGAUGCAGGUAGAUGACGUGCUUGCUGGAAUCACUCUCCCGGAUGUCCAUUUCCCAGAAAUCAUGGUUCCAGAAUUUGUCAUUCCAAAUCUUGACCUGACAGAUUUUCAGCUUCCAGACCUUCACAUACCAGAAUUCCAGCUCCCCCGUGUCUCACACACAAUCCAAGUUCCUACUUUUGGCAAGCUGUACAGCACUUUGGAAAUCCAGUCUCCUCUUUUCACAUUCAACGCCAAUGCUGACAUCAAGAAUGUCACCACUCCUUCGAGCAAUGUAGAGAUGGUGGCUUCCAUCGUCGCCAAAGGUGUGUCCAAAGUAGAGGCUCUCAAUUUCCAUUUUCAAGCAAACGCACAACUCUUAAGCCCUAAGGUGGACCCACUGGUGCUGAAGGAAUCCCUGAGGUUCACACACAAGUACCUGAACACAGAGCAUAGCAGUGAGGUGCUGUUUUUUGGAAAUGCUGUGGAGGGGAAAUCAAGCACAGUGGCUGACUUGCACACAGACAAAAAUGCACUGGAGUUUAGUAAUGGGGUGUUCCUUAAAAUAAAUAGUCAGCUCACACUGGACAGCAAUACCAAGUACUCCCACAAGCUAAAUAUCCCCACAUUUGACUUCUCCAGUCAGGCUGACCUACGCAAUGACAUCAAAACCCUGCUGGAAGUUGGGCACGUAACCCUGUCUUCUUCCGGAACAGGGUCGUGGAAAUGGGCCCACCCCAAGUAUUCAGAUGAGGGAACACAUGAAUCUCAAAUUAAUUUCGCUAUGGAAGGACCCAUCACUUCCUUUGAAUUGACUAAUAAGGUCAACAGCAAGCACCUGAAACUCAACCAGAACGUGGGCUUUAAAUCUGGCUUCCUUAAUUUUUCCAAGUUUGAAAUCCAGUCUCAAGUGGAAUCCCAGUACUUGGGCCAUAGCAUUCUAACAGUUAAAGGCAUAGCCCUGCUUGGGGAAAAGAAGGCAGAGAUAACUGGCAGCCAUAAUGCUUAUUUAAGUGGAAAAGUUAGUGGGACUCUGAAGAAUUCUCUUUUCUUUUUGAUCCAACCAUUUGAGAUCACUGCAUCCAGCAAUAAUGAAGGGAAUUUGAAAGUUGUUUUCCCAUUGAAACUCACGGGGAAGAUAGACUUCCUGAAUAAUUAUGCACUACUCCUAAGCCCCAGUGCCCAGCAAGCAAGCUGGCAAGCAGGUGCCAGGUUCAAUCAGUACAAGUACAGUCAUAAUUUCUCUGCUGGCAACAAUGAGAACAGCAUGGAGGCCCAUGUAGGAAUGAAUGGAGAGGCCAACCUGGAUUUCUUAAACAUUCCUUUAACAAUCCCUGAAAUGGCUCUACCUUUCACAACACUCACAACUCCCCAGGUGAAAGAAUUCUCCUUAUGGGAAGAAGCAGGCUUGAAGAAAGUCUUGAAAACAACAAAGCAAUCAUUUGAUUUAAAUGUAAAGAUUCAAUACAUGAAAAACAAAAACCAGCAUUCCAUCUCAGUUCCCUUAGAGAGUGUGUAUGUGUUCAUUCACCGUAAUAUCAAUGACUUCAUGGGGAAAUUUGAGAAAGCCAGAGACAAGACAUUAGGUUUUCUUGCCAAAUCCUAUAACGAAGCAAGAUUUAAGUUUAAUAAAUCCCUCAAUGAGCAGCCCAGGACCUUCCAAAUUCCUGGAUACACUAUUCCAGUCAUCAAUCUUGAAGCGUCUCCAUUCACAGUAGAGAUGUUGCCAUUUGAUUACAUGAUCCCCAAGGAGAUCAUCACCCCCAACUUCACCAUCCCAGGUUCUGACUUUUCUGUAUCCUCCUAUAACUUAGCCCUGCCAUUUCUAGAACUUCCAGACCUUCAAAUCCCUGGGUACCUUCCUCAAUUUUCUCUUCCAGAAUUCAAGGCAAUGAGCUUCCCAGUUCCAGCUCUGGGAAACAUUACCUGUGAUUUCUCCUUUAAAUCUAGUCUCAUUACACUGAAUACCAACGCUGGACUUUAUAACCAAUCAGAUCUUGUCGCUCAUUUUGUUUCCUCCUCUUCUUCUGUCUUUAGUGCGCUACAGUACAAAUUAGAGGGCACUUCAAGUUUGACUAGGAAAAGAGGAUUGAAGGUAGCCACUGCUUUAUCUCUCAAUAACAAAUUUGUGGAAGGCAAGCAUGACAGUACCAUUAGCUUAACCAAGAAAAACAUGGAAGCAUCAGUGACAACAGUGGCAAAAGUCCACACUCCAGUUCUGAGAAUAAGUUUCAAGCAGCAACUCAAUGGGAAUACCAAGUCAAAUCCUACCAUCUUAUCAUCCGUUGAUUUUGAGUAUGAUUUCAACUUCCACAGAGUGUACACCACUGCCACAGGGGAAGUUAACCACAAACUCAGUUUAGAAAGCCUUACCUCGUACUUGGCUAUCGAGUCAUCCACCAAAGGAGAUAUCAAGGUUCUUGUCCUUUCACAGCAAUACUCAGGAAAUAUCGCUAAUGAGGCCAGCAUUUAUUUGAACUCAAAGGGAACUCGGGCUUCAGUGAAGUUGCAAGGGGCUUCUAGAAUUGAUGGUCUCUGGAACCUUGAGGUAAAGGAGAAUAUUGCUAGUGAAGCCACUCUCCAGAGAACAUAUGCCAUAUGGGAACACAGUACGGAGAACCACUUACAGCUAACGGACCUCUUGAUAACAUCUGGAGAACACAGAAGCAAUGCUACUCUGGAGCUCUCUCCAGGGAAGAUGAUAGCCCUUGUUCAGGUCCAUGCAAGCCAGCUGAGUCCAUGGCUUGAUAUCAGGCGCUUUGUCCAGGAAGUGUCCCUGAGUGCUACCACUGAGAACCAAAAGGUUAUCUGGAAAGGUGAGGUCCAGGUACCUUCUGGGUCUCUCCAAAACAAUGUACAGCUUUCCAAUGACCAAGGAGAAGCAUGUGUUGACAUUGCUGGUUCUUUAGAAGGACAUCUAUCAUUCCUCCGUGAUAUUUUCUUACCAGUUUAUGACAAGAACUUGUGGGACCUUCUCAAGCUGGAUGUAACCACCAGCAUUGAUAGGAAGCAGUAUCUUCAGGCUUCCACUGCUCUUGUAUACACCAAAAACCCCAAAGGUCAUCUUGUCUCCAUCCCUGUGCAAGAACUGGUUAGUAGAUUCAUUAUCAACAAGUAUCUUAGUGCUUCUCCUUUCGUUCUUGACAUACCCAUAUUCCCCAAAAUGAUAUUCUCCCACGCUGAGGUAUUAACAAAGUACUCUGAAGCGGAAGGAUCUUCAGUUCCCUUUUUUGAGAUAUUUGUGCCUGAAUCUCAGCUAACUGUGUCCCAAAUCACCCUUCCAAAAAGGAUUUCAGUUGGAAAUAGUGUUUGGGAUCUAAACGAGGUGGCCAGAGAAAUAGCAGAGUUUGAAUGGCCGACCACUGUCAUGCCUGAGCAGACCAUUGAGAUUCCCUCCAUGAAGUUCUCUCUACCUACUGGGAUUUUAGUCCCUUCCUUUGGAACACUGACUGCACAUUUCGGGCUGACCUCUCCCUUGUAUAACUCCACAUGGAGUGCUGGAUUGAAAAACAAAGCAGAUCAUGUGGAGACAUUCCUGGAAUCCACAUGCAGUUCAACCAUCCAGUUCCUGGAAUAUGAGCUAAAUGUUAUGGGAACACACAAAUUUGAAAAUGGUGCUAUGGUCUGUAAGACUAGAGGAACGUUUGCACACCCUGACUUCAGCGCAGAAUACCAGGAAGAUGGCAGAUAUGACAAGCUUUGGGACUGGAGAGGAGAGUCUCGCCUUGACAUCCUCAGCCCAACAUUCACCGAUAUCCAUCUGCACUAUCAAGCAGAUGAGAAUACCCUCUCCUCUCUGGUGGUCUCCCCAGCCUUGGGCACGGUGGCCAUGCAACUGGAAGACAAAGACAGUAUCUUCAAAGUGAACGUCUACUACCGCCCUGAGUCCUCUCCAGAUAAAACACUCACCAUCAUCAAACUUGAAGAUUUUGAAACUUCUAAAGAUUUCAAAAUAGAAGUUAGCUGGGAAGAAGCUUCUGAGUUGCUAAACUCCCUCAAAGACAAAGUGCCCAAGGCCACAGAGGCCCUUUCUAACUAUGUCAAUAAGUACCACCAAGAGUACACGGGUCUGAAUCUGAGAGACGCUUCUCUAAAACUGAGAAGAAGUCUACGAACCAGCGCCGAAAGGGUCUACCAAGGAGCCAAGUGGCAGAUAGAUGAAGUCCAGAGCAGUAUCCAGAGAACAGUCAGAGAAACAAAGAGAAACUAUCAGCAGUGGCAGGACAAAGCCCAGAAUCUGUAUCAGGAACUGCUGGCUCAGGAGGGUGGAGUUAACUUCCAGAGAUUCCAGACUCAGGUGUUUGACGGUUUGAUUGGAGUUACUCGGGAGUCAAAUAAGACAGUCACACAUCUAAUUGACUCUUUCGUUGAGUUCCUGAGAUUCAACAAACUCCGGCUCCCAGGAAGAAUUGGAGUCUACACGGGAGAUGAACUCUGUAACAUGGUCCUGAGGGAAGUAGGGAAGGUAUUGCUCCAGGUACAUUCCGCAAUCCUUGAUGGAUUGGAAAUGGUGGUUUCCUAUUCCCAAGACCUGAUAGAGAACUCUGAAUUAAUCAAGUACCUACAAAUUAAAUUUGCUUUAAAAAGCCAUGGAGUAAUAGAUCCACUUUUAGAGUGGGUGGACCCACUGAAUCUGUUUGCUUUAUCAGAAAUUAUCAAGCAGCCAUUGAAUGACCUGCUCUUUAUCAACACUACAGAGACGUUACAUGAUCUUCAGGAAUUUUUCCAAUUUAUUUUCCAAGAUGUAGAAAUAAGACUUUUAUAUGUCAGGGAGAAGAAACUUUCUUAUCUCAUUAAUGCUUCCCUACAAGAGAUCAGCAUCCUCUUCAGACAGUAUGCUCUAUAUGCUUUUGAAUUCCUGAGAGAAAAUAUCUACCUAACCUUUGGUAGGCUCAAUGAACUUAUUCAUAUCAGACUUCAGGAAGUUUCUCAACAGUUACAGAUCAUAAAGGAUAAUUGCAAAGAGUCUCUUGAUCAGUACAUGGUCACCUGGACAGUGAAAUAUUAUGAACUUGAAGAAAAGAUCAUCAGCCUUAUCAAGGUUGUCAUUGAUGUCUUAAUGGACUUCCACACCAAAUAUAGUGACAGUGCAUCUGGCCUUACUUCCCAUCUCUUAAGUCAAGUUGAACAAUUUGUACAGAAAGAUAUCCAAGAAUAUCUGGGCAUAAAUCCUUGCUGAUCCAGACAGAAAAAGAAAGAGAGAAUACUGAAGAGCUUUCUACCAGUGCUCAGGGAAUAAUUACAAACUGGACUGUUGUUGAAAUGGAAAAAAAAAAUCACUUUCAGUUUCCCCCCAGCAGGUCAGAUAUAAAUGAAAAGCUUUUUAUUUUAUUUUUUUUAUUAGACCAAUUCUCUCUAAAUAAAAAUUGCUCUGAGAGAAAUGAUUCUCGCAUUCUAAUUGUUACGUAGCAAUCCUCCAUGUUCAUUCUGCUGCUCCAAUUAUGCUUUCACGUAGUAAGGGGGAACGCCAACCAUCCACUAAGCCAGUCUUGCUGCAGGCACCAGCUUGUCUCAAGCAAAUGUGUGUGUGAACUGGGCCUUCUCUGGAGCUGUUGUCAGAAUCCUGAGCAGUCUCAGAAUCUGGGAAAUUGCAACAUUGUUAAGGAACUUCAGUAUCCGGGUAAUUUUGCUGAACUUGGGAGGAAGGGAGAACAAAUAAAUGAAUGUUUUCUCAUGA